GAGAGUCCUGCUAUAAAUAUUAAAUUCUCACUUCAUAAAUUUUGGAAGCAUCCAAUAUUUGGAAUACUAUUGUCCUCCUUUUAGUGGCAUUCUUUCUACGCCUUUCCUUCAAUAGAGUUUGGAGCGUCUUCCAUCAUAAAUAAGGUUGCAAAUAUGAAUGGCAAAUCAACAACUCUUUCUAUUGCUAAGAGGCUUAAAGGAAAGGUAGCAAUUAUAACUGGGGGAGCAGGAGGAUUUGGAGAGAUCACGGCAAAACUCUUCGUCCAACAUGGAGCCAAAGUCAUUAUUGCCGACGUACAAGACGAUAAAGGCGUUUCCUUGUGUAACGAAAUCAUUGCUACCUACAAACAUGGUGAAAACGACGAAGAAAUAAUCUCCUAUGUACAUUGCAACAUUUCCGAUGAGACCGACAUGAAAAACCUCGUCGAUCUAGCUAUAUCAAAGCAUGGAAAACUCGACAUCAUGUUUAACAAUGCCGGUAUCCCGGGUGAUAUAAACCCUACUAUUGUAGGUGCAUCUAGUGACAAUUUCAAAAAAGUGUUCAACAUUAAUGUGUAUGGUGGUUUCUUAGGGGCUAAGCAUGCUGCUAGGGUUAUGAUCCCGAACAAGUCCGGUGUAAUCCUCUUCACCGCGAGUGUUGCUGCUUUGGUGGCCGGGGAGUCACCACACGCGUACACAAUGUCAAAGCACGCGAUUAUUGGUUUAAUGAAAAACUUGUGUGUUGAAAUGGGACAAUAUGGCAUUCGAGUCAAUGCGAUUUCUCCUUGCGCCGUGUCCACACCGUUACUAAGUAAUGCGUUAGGGAUGGACAAGGAAGGUGUUGAUGGGUUGAUUUGUGAAUCGGCCGUGCUUAAAGGGGUUGCACCGGAGGCCUUAGAUGUGGCUAAUGCGGCGUUAUUUUUGGCAAGCGAAGAGGCCAAGUUUGUGAGCGGACUUAACUUGGUUCUUGAUGGUGGGUAUAGUGUCACCAACCCAUCUUUCUCUAUGGCUGUCAAAAAGUUGUUUUCAUAGAUGGAUUUCUAUCAUUGAAGCUUUAAUCACGUAUGGGUUGUAACGUACUUGGAUAUGAGUAGGCGCAACUUAUGUCUUUUUUUUGUGUGUGUGUGUGAAAGUAUGUAAUUGUUGGUGUAAUCCAUUUCAUGUAUAAUAUAGAUAUCUCCCUAUAAUAAAUGUCUUGAUUUCGAAUAUAAAUAUAUGUAAGCAAUAUUAAUUUUUAAGUAGUCUUGGGUUCGUUUUCUA